AUGUCCCAAUACAAUUAUUCCCCACUUCUGGUAGGGCCUAGUAUGAUUCGUGUUCUUUGUCUAUUACCUAAUGAGGACAACACCGCUUCAAUCGAAUGUCAGCUCAUUACCUACACGUUACCAACAGGCAAGGGGCAUCAUCCAUAUGAGGCUUUAUCUUAUGUGUGGGGAAGCGAGAGUAAACCUCAAUGUAUCUUUAUAGAUGGGCAUUCUUUACCUAUAGACGCGAUUUAUAUUAAUCAGCAAGAUGAUCUGGAAAAAGCUUGUCAGAUCCAAUCUAUACUGGCAAUAUAUGGUCAAGCCAGCCAUGUGAUUGUUUGGCUAGGAGAGACAGCAGAUCACAGCGAUAGAGCACUUGAAAAUAUCCGCGUUCCUGCAGAGGACGAGCCAUUUACAGACAAAUCCACUAUCUUGUGGGGAAAGAAAACAAAUCAUGAUGCCAUUUUGAUGUUAUUACAACGACCGUGGUUCCGGCGAAUUUGGGUCCUCCAGGAGGUUAGUGCUGCAAGAUCUAUUCUGGUUAUGUGUGGUCCUGUCAAGAUGAAUGGAUAUACCUUUUCCUUAGGCUUGAAUGGAUUGAACCUUACUUAUGAGGCUCAUCCAGGUUUAGAGAGCCUGAUCCGCUCAAUAACCUAUUUUAUGAGAGGGGCAAUCUUCCGACCCGAAUAUACGACACGUUUACAUAGAGUAAUGUCUUUGGGAGAACUGAUGGACAUGUAUCACACCCGUGAGGCUACCAGAAAACAUGAUAAAGUAUAUGCAUUGCUUGGUAUGAGCUCUGAUGACCCCAACACAGCUGACCUCUUACCCGACUAUGGGCUUCCAUGGGAUGCACUCUUCCAGCGGGUCAUUACCUGGAUUCUCACAGAAAAUCAUGCUGUUGAGACUUGGCCUCAUAGAGAGAUAGCUGUGAUAAAGGCCCAGGGGUAUAUACUGGGCCGGGUAAACUCGGUGAAAGAUGACACUUCACGAUAUGAUAGACAAUGUGUGCAGAUCUCCUUUAAUACUACGCCGAGAUCGCUCAGCUAUGAGAAUGAAUGGGGUACUCAAUGGCUACUUCAAGCUUCAGCGAAGCCUAUUCAGGAAGGUGACAUUCUCUGUCUUCUACAGGGAGCUCUAAAGCCAAGUAUCGUUACCAUAUAUGAGGAUUAUUUUAGUAUUAAAAUGAUCAGUGUAACUCCUCAUCAAAAAAGAGAAGGAGGAAGCAUGCAUAGAGCGCUUCAAAACGUUCUGCAUUUACAAAAGGAGCCCCUCCGUGAUAUACUCCUAGUUUGGAGUUGGGAAGCUUUCCAGGCGCACUCAGGGAAAGAGAACGAAUCGGAACCCUUGAUGAGAUUCAAUGAUACAGUACCAAGCGACGCAGCGAUAGUUUCGGAAAACAAAAGAUUAAAUGGUUUGGCGCUCAUUCUUGAAGAUAUUGUUACGAUAGCGUUGAGAUUAGGGCCUCGUAUGAUCAUGGAUCUUCUCCUCGAACAAAGAGGCAAGAGUCUCCCAAUCUCAGAAGCUGUGGUUGAAAUAGCAGCAGGGAAUACAGCGUGGGGAGGUGAGAUGCUGAAGUGGCUCCUCAAACAAAGAGGCAAGGGUCUCCCAAUCUCUAGAGCUGUUGUUCAAAUAGCAGCGGGGAAUACUGCGUGGGGAGGCGAUAUAUUGAAGCGGCUGCUCAAACAAAGAGGCAAGAGCCUACCCAUCACAGAAGAUGUGGUCAGAAUAGCAGCAGGGAAUCCUAGGCAAGGAUAUUGGAUAUUGAAGCAGCUUCUUGAAGAAAUAGGCAAGAGCCUACCAAUCUCAGAAGAUGUGGUCAAAAUAGCAGCGGGGAAUACUGGACAGGGGUAUUGGAUUAUGGAACUACUUCUUCAACAGAGGGGGAAGAGUCUACCAGCCCCAGGAGAUGUGUUUCAGGUAGUGGCAGGGAAUACUAAAUGGGGAGGUGAGAUGCUGAAGCAGCUCCUUGAACGAAACGCAUUAUAUGACUAG